UGACGUCAGCGCUGGCGUCUUCAGCUGGCGCGGACAGAGACAGCCAUAUUUGUGCGGAUCGGCGAGCGGAGCGGCCCGCGCGGUUCUAUGGUCCGGCCAAUCGCCCGCGUCACCUGAUUUUAACGCGCAUUUAUCGGUCACACACGACGCAGAAAUGCCUCGCGGGAUAAGCCUCUAGUUCAACCACAUGAUAUCCUUCGGCCCCGCGCAGGAGUCCUCGCGCAAAAUGGAGGUGCAGAGCGUCAGCGGUGAGGUGAAUGGGCAUCAGAUGAUGGAUGAGCCGAUGGAGGAGGAGUCCUACACACACUGUGACGAGGGCGCUUAUAAAGAGAUUCCCAUCACUCAUCAUGUGAAGGAGGGCUGUGAGAAAGCCGAUCCCAGCCAGUUUGAGCUGCUUAAGGUUUUGGGACAAGGCUCCUUCGGGAAGGUGUUUUUGGUGCGGAAGUUGAUGGGUCCGGAUGCCGGUCAGCUUUAUGCAAUGAAGGUGCUCAAAAAAGCAUCUUUAAAAGUGAGGGACAGAGUUCGCACUAAGAUGGAGAGAGAUAUUCUGGUGGAGGUCAAUCAUCCUUUCAUUGUGAAGUUGCACUAUGCCUUUCAGACAGAAGGGAAACUCUAUUUAAUUUUGGAUUUUCUCAGGGGUGGGGAUGUAUUUACUCGUUUAUCCAAAGAGGUUAUGUUUACAGAGGAGGAUGUGAAAUUCUACCUUGCAGAGCUGGCCCUUGCAUUGGAUCAUCUACACAACCUAGGCAUUGUUUACAGAGACCUGAAGCCUGAAAACAUUUUGCUUGAUGAAGCUGGACAUAUCAAGUUAACAGACUUCGGGCUCAGUAAAGAAUCGGUAGAUCAGGACAGAAAAGCGUACUCGUUCUGUGGCACUGUGGAGUAUAUGGCCCCUGAGGUGGUCAACAGGAGAGGUCACACGCAGAGCGCUGACUGGUGGUCUCUCGGCGUCUUAAUGUUUGAAAUGCUGACGGGCACAUUACCGUUCCAAGGAAAAGACAGGAACGAGACUAUGAACAUGAUUCUUAAAGCAAAGCUGGGAAUGCCACAGUUUCUAAGUUUGGAAGCACAAAGUCUUUUACGAAUGCUCUUCAAAAGAAAUCCAUCAAACCGUUUGGGAGCUGGUCCUGACGGAGUGGAGGAGAUCAAACGACACGCGUUCUUCUCCACCAUCGACUGGAAUAAACUGUACAGAAGAGAACUUCAGCCUCCAUUCAAACCUGCUGCAGGGAAACCAGACGACACCUUCUGCUUUGACCCAGAAUUCACAGCCAAAACUCCCAAAGAUUCUCCAGGCAUUCCCCCCAGUGCAAACGCUCACCAGCUCUUCAAAGGCUUCAGUUUUGUGGCUCCAGUCUCUCUGGAGGAAAGCAAAAGUGCCCCGCUAGUCAACAUUCUCCCCAUAGUGCAGAUGCACGGAGGCUCGGCUCAGUUUUCAGACGUGUACGAGCUGAAGGAGGACAUCGGCGUGGGUUCGUACUCCAUAUGCAAGCGCUGCAUACACAGGGUCACCGCCAUGGAGUUUGCUGUGAAGAUCAUUGACAAAAGCAAGCGAGACCCGUCAGAGGAGAUCGAGAUCCUGAUGCGGUACGGCCAACAUCCCAACAUCAUCACACUGAAGGACGUGUAUGACGAGGGCCGUUUCGUGUAUCUGGUGACGGAGCUCAUGAAGGGCGGCGAGCUGUUGGAUAAGAUCCUCAGGCAGAAGUUCUUCUCGGAGCGAGAGGCCAGCGCUGUGCUCUACACCAUCACCAAAACUGUGGACUACCUGCACUGCCAGGGGGUGGUGCACAGAGACCUGAAGCCCAGUAACAUCCUCUACAUGGACGAUUCGGGAAACCCCGACUCCAUUCGCAUCUGUGACUUUGGCUUCGCCAAGCAGCUGAGAGGAGACAACGGGCUGCUGCUCACUCCCUGCUACACCGCAAACUUCGUGGCUCCUGAGGUGCUGAUGCGGCAGGGUUACGACGCGGCCUGUGAUAUCUGGAGUCUGGGAGUCCUGCUCUACACCAUGCUGGCGGGGUACACGCCCUUCGCCAACGGACCCAACGACACACCGGAGGAGAUUCUGUUACGCAUCGGCAGUGGGAAAUUCUCCCUGAGUGGAGGAAACUGGGAUUCGGUGUCUGACUCCUCAAAGGAUCUGCUGUCUCAUAUGCUGCACGUGGACCCUCAUCAGCGAUACUCCGCCGAACAGGUACUGAAACACUCGUGGAUCGCCUGCCGGGACCAGAACCCGCACUUCCAGCUCACGCGGCACGAGGCGCCUCAUCUGGUCAAGGGAGCAAUGGCCGCCACGUACUCGGCGCUCAACCACAAGACGUGUAAGCCGGUCCUCGAGCCCGUCGCCGCCUCCAGUCUAGCCCAGCGCAGGAACAUGAAGAAGCUGACGUCUACAGACAUGUCGUGAAGAGCCCGACGCCAGCCUCCUCUCCAGUUCCCGUACGUGACGCUUCAGGGAGCGCGCCGCAUUCGAAGAAAACGCACGAAAGCCCUUCUGUUUCUCUCUGGUAGAGUGAAGAACACCAGCUCCAUCUCUCCAUCCCGUCUGAAGUGUUUCACGUGUUAGCGAGCCGUUCGGAUGUUCUUGCCCUCCGCGCCCGGUGGAUCUCCUGAAGAAAUGUCCAGGUCAUAAAGUCCGCAUGAGUUGCGGGAAGCCUGUCUUUGUAGGACCUUUAAGAACAUUUUGUGACAAUCGAGCCCUUUUUCCCCACAGAUGUUCAGUGAUGAAUAUCAGGAUUGGUUUUCACUAAAUUCUCCAGAAUGUGUUGUAACACACACAACCGUGUCUUUUGAAUGCUUCAGAGGUUAAAAGUAUUAACUGCAUUAGACGCAGAUGAAGUGAGAAUUAAAUCUGCUGAUUUGUCAACAGUGGUAGCGUGCAAAAACAUCCUAACGGUCCUAAAAACAGGCUUGUUUUUCCUGACGCGCGGUACGGUUGCGACCUGCACAUUUCUCGGCGUUCUCCGUUUGUAAGCCACUUCCUGUCCCGUUAGUGUUGCGAACCACAUGGCAUUACCUCAGAAGCACUCAGUGUUAGCGUUUGUUCAGCUCGAUGUAUAUAGACUCAUUCUUCAUGUUUGUGUGGAUCCUUGAGCACAUUUGCACUGAGGCUUGGCAGGUCGUUGCUCGUGCGAGACGUUUCCUCUCCCUCCGUCUGUUCCCGUCUCGGACCGCUCUUUGCCUUUUGUUGAAUGGGAAGUACAUGAGCAAAAGGUGAAGAAAUAGAUCUAUAUUUAUAAAAUCGAAUGAGGUGAAUGAAUGUAGAUGAGAUUGAAUCCACAAAACCGCAUCUCUCUGCUCCAGAUGGAGGGGAAAAAAAUUAUUCCAUACAACUUUUUAAAGACAUUGUGGAAAUUGUAUCAUAUUGUAUUUAUUUCACUUAUUUUUAAAAUUUUAUUUUUCUUUCAGGUGAUGUACAUAUUGACAUUAAAGAACAUUAUUGACAUGA